ACUACAGGUGGGACCAAUAUGAGAGUUUCCCAAUCUUUUCAGGGAAAAUAGUUCGUUUCUGUUUCAUAGUGUUCACUCACUGAGCACUGAAUGGUGUAGACUGUAUUCGCUGUUGCUAAGCAACUUGAAAACCAGUUAACGGUCGGUGCGACGUUAGCUAGCUAACUGCUAACACCGAAAUGGAAACGUCAUUCAUAUGAGUUGACUUUGCUCGCAAAAUUGAACGCCGAGCACACUUAAAACAGUUGUAUGGUAGUUUACAGAAUUAAACCACUGGGAUAAAUGCGUUUAUAUAUUAACACUAAGUGGAAAGUAUCGAAAAAUAUCAACGUGGCUAUCCCACCAUGAUGCCAGGUGACAGGAGGCCUCUCUGGCCUCUUUCAGCUGUGGUGUCCAAGCUGGGAGGAACCUCAUCCCUCAUCUACAACAAGUCUUACAGCACUCAUAACAUUGCAGCCCUGACUGACUUGGAUGAAACCCAGGGAGACAAAGAUUUUAGCCCUGGGGAAUCGAGGACCAUUGGAACAGGGCAGCUGCAGCCCAGCCCAAAGUAUGGCAGUGAUGAGGACUGUCCUAGUGCUACUUCUGGCUCUGCAGGAGCCCCUGGAGAAUCCUGUAGCUCCAGGAAUAACACCCCCGAUCAUGCCCAGGCCUCAGGUUUUGAUGUUUUACUCCACGAGGUCCAAGAACUCUGGGAAAAACAAGGUCAGCUUCAGGACAGCCUUGAAAACUUAAAAGCCUUAUACCAACAAGAGUACACAGUGAUAGAGGAGGCUCUAGAAGAAGAACGAUGCAGGUGUGAACUUUUAGAAGAACAACUCAAUAACUUGACAGAACUGCACCAGAAUGAAAUUUUGGUCUUGAAAGAGGACCUAGCCAGCAUGGAGGAGAAGACUGAUUAUCAGUUCUAUGACAAAACAACACAUAUUCAUGAGGCGCUGGAGGCAUGUCAAACACGUAUCUCCAAGAUGGAGCUGCAGCAGCAACAGCAGCAGUUGGUACAGCUGGAGGUUUUGGAGUAUGCCACAGUGCAAACUCUUGUUGGAAAACUAAUCAAUGUGCUGCUAGCUGUCAUGGCAGUGUUUUUGGUGUUUAUGUCCACAGUGGUGAACUGUGUUGUCCCUUUGAUGAAAACAUCCAGCCGCCUGCUUUCUACACUGCUGUUUAUAGUCCUCCUCCACUUACUCUGGAGGCACUGGGGUGUCAUAUCAGAGUAUCAUUAUCACCUUUUCUGCAUUCAGCAUCCUGAAAAGGCAGACAAUCAAUAAACUUGACU